AUGCUAUGCCAACCGCACCUAUUGCGUCUGCGUGACAGCCGACAGAGCUUACACCACAUCUUUCGCCAUGCCGUGACAUAUCCUUCUCAGCGACUUCGCUAUGAGAGUCAUGUCUCCAGGAGUCCUGCCAGAGUAGACUCUAGAGACAAAGAAGCUGCGCGGAUGGAGGCUCUAGAAGCUGCACGGCUGAAGGCUCUGGAACGCCUUGAUCAACACAUCAAUCCGAACGACUUGUCGGCCACCCUCGAAGCACACCGAGACUCAAACCGCGCCUCUGUCAUUCGUAGACUAUAUACCCAAUCCGACCCCGAAGUCUUGCGCCCUUCCUUCUUGGACGACCGACUCCCCAUCAGAAAAAUAUGGGCGGGACAGCCACCUGAGACGCCGUUACGAGAGAAAGCAGACAAGUCCGGUCUGGCAACAUUCAACAAGAUCGUCACAAAGGCCUCUGACAAGGCAGACCCUGCCGCUACGUUCCAACUAAGGUCCUUGAAUCGAGCUGCAGAAGUUGCGAAGAGGGAGGAAGCAGACGAGUUGCGCCGGGAAAAGAACGCCGUCCAAUAUUCACAAUGGCGCGAUUUUCUUGCUAAGCACGAGAGUCCCCUAGAACCAGUGCCGGAAUACAACUUUGAAGACCGUGCUGCUUUCUUCGGAGUCCUGCGUAGAGUCUUUGUUGUCAUCCGUGCAGAGCAGGCUAAGCGAUCAACCACAUUGCCCAUCCCUGCUCUCGCGCAGACGGAUUUCUUGCAAUACGAGAGCUUUCCUCGACCCAUGCUUGCUGGCCUCAAAGGCUACCAUCGCCCGUUGGCCUGGGCUAUUCGACCGAAGAUCAAAAACUUCUCUUCGAAACAGUGGCUCGAUGCCGAAAUCGAAGCAUUCGCCGAAUGGAUGGAGAUGACUCGAUCAGAAAACGCCGCCAGAGCAAAGCUAUCCGAAAUCCUGAUCGAUCUGGUCAAACAAGCAGAUCCAGCUCUCCUGGCCCAGAAGUUCGGCUCUCAGUCGACGGGCCUUACAAUGCCAAACUCAGACAUUGACAUCCGUGUCGUUGAUUCGACGCUCGACCGUACUCCUGCGCCGAAUGAUAUCGACAAGGCCGCCAGAGCAGCAUUCAUAGGAGAACAGUUGGCAUCACGGAAACAAAAGAUGAUUUCCCAUCUCCGCACCAUUCAGUCCUUGUUAGACCAACACGAAGACUUUGCCGAUGCCGAAAUAAACGAAACGGCAUACUUUCCUCUCGUCAAAGCCGUCCACAAACCCACAGGCCUCAAAGUCCAAGUCGUGUCCACAAGAAACACACACGCCUCCCAAGAAGCCACCNAAAAAUAUCUCGCCGAGUUCCCACAACUGAAACCAAUCUUCUUGGUCCUGAAGACUGCUUUGAACUUGCGCGGUCUUUCAGAUCCAUGGACUGGCGGCAUUGGCUCCUAUACUCUGUUCAUGAUGUGUGUGGCAGCCCUAAAGCACCAAGCCGAGAAGCAAAAAGGGUCCAGAUUGAUAAGACCAGGCCCCUGCUUCAUUCACAUCCUUGACUAUUGGAGCAGAUUCGACACCAAGUUCUUUGCAUUGAGCGUCGAGCCUUAUCUCAGGUUCCAGAAGAAAUCGUUUCCGACCUGGGAGGAGAGGGAAGCCAGGAAGACGGAUCCGUCCCUCUGGGCACGUCACCGCAUCGCCUACCCCAUCGCCUACAAACCCUACAUGCUCCACCUCCAAGACCCCGCAAACCCAUACAACGACCUCGGCCGCAGCGCCCUCGCCAUCAAAGACCUCCAAGCAACCUUUAAACGACUCCACUCGGAUCUGACCUGGGAACUGCAAGAUCCAAAACGCAAAGACGAUGCGAGUAAUUUGCUCAAGAAUGUGGUGGGUAACAGUGAGAGGUACUUUGACGAAAUGAGGGUUCCGGUGGAUCUUUGGGGGGAGCAGUGGGUAGAGGAGAUGGAGAGGGGGCAGAGGGAGGUGGAUGGGUUGAGAGAGGGGUUGAAGAGGGUGCUUCUGUGGAUGUUUCGGAAGAGAAGGAUCCUGCCACGCAGACAUGACCUAAACCGUAUAUUACAAGACAAAGCUUUGGAAAUGCAUAAACAACUACAACAACAACAACAACAACAACAACAACAACCACAAAAGAACGGGACAGCAAAGGACAGCAAUAUGUUCGUUAUCAUGUGGGAUUUC